AUGCUUUUUAUUGAAAAGAAGGCCCCAGCAAAGGGCUCUCCUUCGGCUUCGCUCAUUACCAUCACUGAGGACGAAUGGAACGAUAUCAGGACGACUCCUGCCAUCUUUGAGCGCGUCAAACAAUGGAUCCCCAGCUACAUACUCGCGUGGAUGACGAAAGCCAACGAGGCGGAGAAUUUGUCUAGAGGGAAACGUACUCGGGAGGUGCAGGAAGGCGACGCGUUAGAGAAUGGGCCGGAGAAGAACCCUAGGCUCAUGACCCCCAUCAUCGAGACUACGCCAGAUCCGACCACCUCUCAAAAUGUCGAGCUUCCUGAAUGCCUCUAUAGAAUUGGAAGGCUGCACAACUACCUCCCUCUUCCUCUCUUCACGGACAACAACCUUAUCUUCAUUCAUUCCCACUCCUCGUCUUUUAAGACCUCAAAAACACUUCUUCCAGGGGACAAGGAACGUACUGAAGUGGUUGUCCUCAAGGAUCUGUUGGAUCGACUUAACAUACGGGUGCCAGAUGUGGAGAAAGCAGAUGAAGACGAAGCUCGCUUCGAAGAAUUACUUUGCUUUCGAACUCAGUCGCGACCCUGA